AUGUCUCUAAUCCAGCAUGUCACGCAACAAGAGGGAGCCGACCGAGAAGAGGCGCUUGCCGAUUUGUUUCUAUCGCCGAUAGACCGGCUGAACAGCCGAGAGCAGGCUUCGGAACGUCGGCGGCUCUCGCUCUCAAGUCAACACUCCAACUCGGGCUUCCUGCACGCAGGCAAGUCUAUAAAACGCGUCAUCAGCUACGAUACGCUCCACAGGCCCGAGGAACCCGUUGCUGGCGAUGUGGACGGCGGCGUAACACAGUAUCAUGUAUCGACCUUCAAGCGUGCUGCACAGGUUUUCACCGUUGUCCUCGCCUGCUGGUUCGCCAGCGGUAUAGUCUUUGGUUUUGCAGCGCUCAAGCCGAUUCUGAUCAAGGAAGGCGUCUACAGAGAUCUCUGCACUCAGGAAGAGCUAGCUGAGGAUGUCGAGGUCUGCUACGAACAGGAUCUGCACCUCAACUUUUUCUUUUCACUUGCCUCUACCACCGCCAAUGUCUCUGCACUUGUUGUUGGAACCAUGCUGGACCGCUAUGGGCCUAGACUCUGCUAUCUCGUCGGCUCGGCUUGCCUUGCUGCUGGUAGCAUCAUAAUGAGCCUCGCCUUUCAGAUUGAGGAAUUCGAUGGCUUCAUAAUCGGAAACUUUUUCCUUGCGCUCGGAGGCACAUUUGUCUUCUUGCCAUCUUUCCAGAUUGCUAAUGCGUUCCCCAAGUAUGGUGGCAGCAUCGUGGCGCUUGUUACUGGUGCAUUUGAUGCCUCUGCAGCUGUCUUCCUCUUUUACAGGCUCGCCUAUGACGGCACUGAUGGGGCUUUCAAACCGCAGACCUUCUUUCUUGUCUACCUCAUCGUUCCCGUAGCGAUUGUCCUCGCCCAGCUUGUUUUCUUGCCCACUGAAAAUUACAAGACCGCUCCUCAGCUGGAGAUGAAGAUUCAGCGUGCUGAGGAGAGCACCAGGGAUGUGCAUACUUCGGACGAGGAUCUCCCUGAUGACGAAGUCUGGAGACGCAGGAAGAACCGCAGUGCUCGACGUCGUCAACGGUUGAGCAAGCUAGACAAGCUUGUUGGCGACGAAGUGGCACGAAAGAAGCGAGAAGAGAAGGUCGAGCACCGUCUUGAGGCUUCGGGAGUAUGGGGUGCCUUGCACAACAAGACUGCCGUAGAGCAGAUGCUCACACCCUGGUUCAUACUCCUGACCCUUCUUACUGUCGUGCAGAUGGUGCGCAUGAACUACUUCAUCGCAUCCAUUCGAGAGCAGUACGCCUACAUGCUCGGAUCCAUCGACCUAGCUACCCGUGUCAACGAGUUUUUCGACUGGGCACUGCCUUUAGGAGGAGUCCUGAGUACACCCUUCCUGGGCAUGCUCCUCGACAACGUCAGCACGCCCGGCGUCCUGCUCAUCAUCGUCAUUAUUGCCACUGCGAUUGGUAUCGUUGGCUCGGUUGCCACGCUGUGGGCUGGAUACAUCAACGUCAUUCUCUUCGUCUUCAUGCGUCCUCUCUACUACUCCGCAAUGUCCGACUACGCCACCAAAGUAUUUGGCUUCGCGACUUUCGGUCGUGUAUACGGAACCAUCAUUUGCUUCUCCGGCUUGAUCAACCUGUCUCAAACUGGCAUCGAUGCACUUACUAAGCGUACCUUCAACGGCAACCCAGUGCCCGUAAAUGCUUUCCUGGCCGGCUUCACCUUCAUCAUCGGCACGUCGCUUGUAGUGUACAUCACGGUGCAGGUCUACCGGGUGCGCAAGAAGCUCGACGAGGAGGAUGCCAUGACUGUAACGAAUACUGAUGUGGGGAGCAUCAUGGAGAGCCUUCUGGAAGAGGACGAGCCGAGAGACUACGGCAGUAUUGCCCCCAGCCGCCCCUCGAGGGAAUACGUCUAA